UGAAGUUUGGCUACUGGCAGCUUCAAUGCUUUCUGUGUCAUGUAACAUGUGGACCGGCUGACUGAGCCUGAUCAUUCCUGGGUGACACAGUAUUCAGCUUGGUGAUCUGAAGAGGAUAGCUCUAAUUUUGCUUAGCUCAUUUAUUCUGAGUUUCGCUUCUCUUUUCUUGGUUGCUCCACAGAUUUCUUAACCGACUCUCCAGUUUUGAACAGACCAACAAAAGAGGAUGAAGAGGAAAAGGCAGACAACAUGGAGGCAUCUAAUGAGCAAAAGAGAAUGAAAGUACAACACAAGUUCUCAAACUAUCAAUUAGGGAUUCUCAAGGAGAACUUUCAUAGAAAUAAAUAUAUAAGCCCUGAUGAAGUCCACUUUCUUUCUGGGGUCCUGAGCCUGACUCCACAGCAGAUCCAACACUGGUAUCGUAAUCAAAGAUCCAAAAGGACUAAAUAUGCAGGCUCAUUAAAAGGAGCAUCUGAUAUACAAGCAGCUGAUGGAAUCCCAGCCAGGAGUAUGAACAAUUCUACUCCAUGGAAAAUGUUCCAGAACUUGGAAGGACUUGAUGGACUGAGGGGGGGAGAUGUGAUUUCUAAUCCUGAGGAGAGUGAUUUCUUGUCCCAAACUCCAGCCUUGAGCAGAUCCAAAAAUGAAGAUGAAGAGAAAAAGGCAGAGGAUAUAGAAGCAUCUGAUAAUCAAAAAGGAAAGAAAGUACGACACAAGCUUUCAGGAUAUCAACUACAGACUCUCCUUGAAUACUUUCAUAGAAAUGAAUAUAUAAGGCCUGAUGAAGUCCAGAUUCUUUCUAUGUCACUGGAUCUAACUCCUCAGCAGAUCAGAUUCUGGUUUGGUAACCAGAGAGCAAAGAAGAAGAAAUUUGAGGGCUCAUUCAACUGAACAUGAAAUAUGGAGAUUGCCAGAUAUUCAGGAGCUGUUUUCCCAAAUUCAAGUUCCCAGAAUCCCAUGGUUACUGCUGUUUCUUCAUUCCAUAACCAUCAUAAUGCAAGAUGAAUACUCAUUCUUCUAUGAACUUACCCUCCAAACAUUUAUCAGUCAGCACAAAGGGAGUGCUUCCUAUGCUUCAAAUGACCAAUUUCUUCAUUAAAGUCUGGGCUGAAAAUAUUUUGUCAAUAGUAUCAUCAACUUGCAAACAGUCGAUAUUCGAU